AUGGAGGGUGGCGUUGUGGCUCGGGGUGGGGCGGUGGGUGUCCAGGCCCAGCGGCUCCCUGGAGGAGGUGCCGCCCCGGAGGCCGCCGUCCCCACCGCCCAGGAGCAGGAGGUCGCGCCCGUCCUGCAGAGACCGCCCGGCCCCGAGGCACCCGCCCCUUCCUCGGAGGACCUCGCGGGGCCCGGGCCCGGCCCCGGGGGGCCGCCCGCUCUGCAGGAGGCCUGCCCCCAGCUCCCAGGCGCAGGAGCCCCGGACGCACCUGCCCGGGACGGCGCCGCCGCCCAUCCCCCAACCGAGCGGAGGCAGGAGACGGACCCCGGCACCACCGCGCAGGAGCGGACCGUGCCCAUCCGGCUGGAGGGCGCAGCGCGGCCGGGCACAGGGCAGCCGCUCUGGGACGUGCACAGCCGAGUGGUCACAGAGACCACGCAGACCACAUACGUGUACCGGGCCGUGGACGCCGGCACCGCAAGGCCCCCGUCCAUGCAGGUCACCAUCGAGGAUGUGCAGGUCCAGGCAGGCGGCACGGCACAGUUUGAGGCUGUCAUCGAGGGCAACCCGCAGCCCACGGUUACCUGGUACAAGGACGGCGUCCAGCUGGCGCACGGCGCCCGGCUCAGCCAGCAGCAGGAGGGCCCCACGUGCCGCCUGGUGCUGAGGGACGUGGCCCGGCAGGACGCUGGGGUCUACACCUGCGUGGCCCGAAACACCGGCGGCCAGGUGCUCUGCAAGGCCGAGCUGCUGGUCCACGGGGACGGCGAGCCCGGCCCCGAGCAGCAGAGCGCGCGCAGGAGGCUGCACUCCUUCUACGAGGUCAAGGAGGAGAUCGGAAGGGGCGUGUUCGGCAUCGUGAAAAGGGUGCAGCACAAGGGGAACAAGAUCUGCUGCGCCGCCAAGUUCAUCCCGGUGAGGAGCAGCACGCGGGCCCAGGCCUACCGGGAGCGAGACGUCCUGGCCACCCUGAGCCACCCGCUCGUCACCGGGCUGCUGGACCAGUUCGAGACCCGGAAGACCCUCAUUCUUGUCUUAGAGCUGUGCUGCUCUGAGGAGCUGCUGGACCGGCUGUUUAAGAAGAGUGUGGUGACGGAGGCCGAGGUGAAGGUCUACAUCCAGCAGCUGGUGGAGGCGCUGCACUACCUGCACAGCCACGGCGUCCUCCACCUGGACAUAAAGCCUCCCAACAUCCUGAUGGUGCACCCCGCCCGGGACGACAUUAAAAUCUGCGACUUUGGCUUCGCCCAAACCAUCACCCCGGCAGAGCCGCAGUACAGCCAGUACGGCUCCCCCGAGUUCGUGUCCCCCGAGAUCAUUGAGCAGAGCCCCGUGAGCGAGGCCUCCGACAUCUGGGCCAUGGGUGUCGUCUCCUACCUCAGCCUGACCUGCUCCUCCCCCUUCGCGGGCGAGAGUGACCGUGCCACCCUCCUGAACGUUCUGGAGGGGCGGGUGUCGUGGAGCAGCCCUGUGGCCGCCCACCUCAGCGAGGACGCCAAGGACUUCAUCAGGGCCACGCUACAGCGGGCCCCGGGGGACCGGCCCAGCGCCGCCCAGUGCCUGGCCCACUCCUGGUUCCUGAAGUCCGUGCCGGCAGACCAGGCCCACUUCAUCAACACCAAGCAGCUCAAGUUCCUCCUGGCCCGCAGUCGCUGGCAGCGCUCGCUGAUGAGCUACAAGUCCAUCCUGGUGAUGCGCUCCAUCCCCGAGCUGCUGCGGGGCCCGCCCGACAGCCCCUCCCUGGGGGUGGCGCGGCACCUGCGCGCGGACGCGGACGCCAGCAGCUCCUCCAGCUCCUCGUCCUCAGACAGCGAGCUCGCGCCCUUCGCCCGGGCCAAGUCGCUGCCGCCCUCCCCGGUGGCCCACUCGCCGCUGCUGCACCCCCGCGGCUUCCUGCGGCCCUCGGCCAGCCUGCCGGAGGAGGAGGCCUGCGCGCCCCCCGCCGCCCCCGCCGCCCCUCCCGCGUCGCCGCAGGGCGCCCCGGGCUGCGUGCCCCGGCACAGCGUCAUCCGCAGCCUGUUCUACCAGCAGCAGGCGGGCGGCGACGCGGGGCCCGGCGCUGCGGCCGCGGGGGGCAGGCGGCACCCGGCGCGGCGGCGGCACCUGCUCAAGGGCGGCUACUUCGCGGGGGCGCUGCCCGGCCUGCGCGAGCCGCUGCUGGAGCACCGCGCGCUGGAGGAGGCGGCGGGGGAGGAGCCGGCCGCCCCCACCGCCCGCGCCCCGCCCCCCGAGACCGCCCUGCAGCCGCCCGGCUCAGGCGCCCAGGGCGGCCCCGGCUGCCGCCCCCCGGACCACGACCCGCCGCGCACCGCCAGCCCCUCCGCAGGGGCCUGCCCCCAGGGCCAGUGCCCGCCCCCAGCCCCCGCGGGGGUGGCCAGCGGGGGCUCUGCCAGGGACACGAGGCAUCCCGAGGGGGCCCUGCGGGGGCCCCAGCUCUUUGCAUCUGCUAGCAGCGAGUCAGGCUCUGCUCAGCUAGCCGGGGUGUCCCAGGACAGCCCCUCCAGUCACCCCGAGUGGAGCUCUGCCCCCCAGGAGGGCUGCGGCUUGCCGCCCGCGGUCACCCCACAGCCGCCUGGCUCCUUCCCUCCAGGACGCUGCCCGGGGGCCCUGGCUCCCCCGGGCCUCUUCCCGGGAGAGCCCCUGGCGCCCCCGUCCCCAGCAAGCCCCCUGCCCGACUCCAAGGCAGGGCUGGACGAGCUCUCUCUUCCUGCGUGGCCGAAGCCCAGCCCCUGCGGUCCCCGGGGGCCGGCCUCGCAGCCGGACGCGCAGCCCGGCCCCUCUCCAGACGCCCAGGAGCCCGCGGACCUGCCGGACUCCACGCCCCCCACGCCCAGCCUGCAGCGGCCCCAGGAGCAGGCGACCACGCGCAAGUUCUCCCUGGAGCAGCGCGGGGGCUACAAGGGCGUGUCGGGCUAUGGCACCUUCGCCUUCGGAGGGGACGCGGGCGGCAUGCUGGGCCAGGGCCCCAUGUGGGCCCGGAUGGCCUGGGCCGAGUCCCAGUCCUCAGAGGACCAGGACGAGGCCGGGGCUGAGAGCCCGCCACCGCCCCAGGCCGGCGCAGAGCCCGUGCGCAAGGCCAGCGGGCCUCCCUCCCGGGCCUCCCCGGAGCUGGCGGUGUGGGAGGACAGCGGGGAGGUGUCGCUGGUGCAGAUCCGGGACCUGUCCGGCGACGCGGAGGCGGCCGACACCAUCUCCCUGGACAUCUCCGAGGUGGACCCCGCCUACCUCAACCUCUCGGACCUGUACGACAUCAAGUACCUGCCCUUCGAGUUCAUGAUCUUCAGGAGGGUGCCCCGGCCCCUGCAGCAGGAGCCGCCCUCGCCCGGGGAAGAGGCCGGGGUGGGGCUGGCGGAGUUCCCAGAGGCCGCAUGGCCUUGGCCGGGCGAGCCGGGCCCCCCCACGGGCCUGCAGAUCAUAGAGGAGCCGGAGGACAUGGAGGUCCGGGCUGCCGCAGGCAGGAAGCGCAAGUGGUCCUCCCCCACCCGCGGUCUCCUCCACUUCCCGGGGACGUACCUGCCGCUGGACGAGCCGGCCGAGCUGGGGCUGCGGCAGAGGGUGAAGGCCUCCGUGGCCCACAUCUCAAGGAUCCUGAAGGGCAGGCCUGAAGGUCUGGAAAAGGAGGGGCCCCCCAGGAAGAAGCCAGGCCUCGCUUCUUUUGGGCUCUUGGGUCUGAAGAGCAGGGACCGAGCGCCAUUGUUCCUACGGGAGCUCUCGGAUGAGACUGUGGUCUUGGGCCAGUCGGUGACGCUGGCCUGCCAGGUAUCGGCCCAGCCGGCCGCCCAGGCCACCUGGAGCAAAGACGGGGCCGCCCUGGAGAGCAGCAGCCGCCUGCUCAUCUCUUCCACCCUGAAGAACUUCCAACUGCUGACCAUCCUGGUGGUGGCCGCGGAGGACCUGGGCGUGUACACGUGCAGCGUGAGCAACGCGCUGGGCUCGGCGGCCACUACGGGCGUCCUGCGGAAGGCAGAGCGCCCCUCGUCCUCGCCGCGCCCGGACAUUGGGGAGGUGUGUGCGGACGGGGUUCUGCUGGUCUGGAAGCCCGUGGAGUCCUGCGGCCCCGUGACCUACACCGUGCAGUGCAGCCUGGAAGGUGGCAGCUGGACCACAUUGGCAUCUGACAUCUUCGACUGCUGCUACCUCACCGGCAAGCUGUCCCGGGGCGGCGCGUACGCGUUCCGCACUGCCUGCGUCAGCAAGGCGGGAAUGGGCCCCUACAGCAGCCCCUCGGAGCAGGUGCUCCUGGGAGGGCCCAGCCACCUGGCCUCCGAGGAGGAGAGUGGCGGGGGGCGGCCGGCCCAGCCUCUCCCCAGCACGCAGACCUUCAGCUUCCAGACCCAGAUCCGGAGGGGCCGCUUCAGCGUGGUGCGGCAGUGCCGGGAGAAGGCCAGCGGGCGGGCGCUGGCCGCCAAGAUCGUCCCCUACCGGCCCGAGGACAAGGCGGCCGUGCUGUGCGAAUACGAGGCCCUCAAGGGCCUGCGCCACCCGCACCUGGCCCAGCUGCACGCGGCCUUCCUGAGCCCCCGGCACCUGGUGCUCGUCCUGGAGCUGUGCUCGGGGCCCGAGCUGCUGCCCUGCCUGGCCGAGAGGGCGUCCUACACGGAGUCCGAGGUGAAGGACUACCUGUGGCAGGUGCUGAGCGCCGCCCAGUACCUGCACGCGCAGCGCAUCCUGCACCUGGACCUGCGGUCCGAGAACAUGAUCGUCACCGAGUACAACCUGCUCAAGGUCGUGGACCUGGGCAGCGCCCAGAGCCUCACCCAGGAGAAGGUGCUGCCCUCGGACAGGUUCAAGGACUACCUGGAGACCAUGGCUCCAGAGCUCCUGGAGGGCCAGGGGGCUGUUCCGCAGACAGACAUCUGGGCCAUAGGUGUGACGGCCUUCAUCAUGCUGAGCGCCGAGUACCCGGUGAGCAGCGAGUGGACGCGCGACCUGCAGAAAGGCCUGCGCAAGGGGCUGGUCCGGCUGAGCCGCUGCUACGCGGGGCUGUCCGGGGGCGCCGUGGCCUUCCUGCGCAGCACGCUGUGCGCCCAGCCCUGGGGCCGGCCCUGCGCGUCCAGCUGCCUGCAGUGCCCGUGGCUGACCGAGGAGGGCCCGGCCGGCUCGCGGCCCGCGCCCGUGACCUUCCCCACCGCGCGGCUGCGCGCCUUCGUGCGCGAGCGCGAGAAGAGGCGGGCGCUGCUGUACAAGAAGCACAACCUGGCCCAGGUGCGCUGAGCCCCGCCGGCCGGCGCGCCGCGGUGCGGCACGGACGCGCCAAUAAAACCGCAAAACCAGCCGGG